AUGGGCAAGGGCUACAAGGUGGUGGUGUGCGGAGCGGCGUCCGUGGGGAAAACGGCCAUCCUGGAGCAGCUGCUCUACGGGAAGCACAGUGUCGGCUUAGAAGAAGGUGCCACGAUGGAAGACGUGUACCUGGCUUCGGUGGAAACGGAUCGCGGCGUGAAGGAGCAGCUGCGGCUCUAUGACACGAGGGGUCUGCAGGAGGGUGUAGAGUUGCCCAAACACUAUUUCUCUGUAGCCGACGGCUUUGUUCUCGUGUAUGCUGUGACCAGCCUCGAAGCUUUCCAGAGGGUUGAACUGCUCAAAAGAGAGAUCGACGUCUUUAGAGACAAAAAGGAGGUAACUGUUAUCGUCUUGGGAAACAAAACUGACCUGCUGGAGCAAAGACAAGUGGAAACAGAAGCAGCACAGCAAUGGGCAAGGGCUGAGAAAGUGAGACUGUGGGAAGUGACUGUGACCGAUCGUAAAACGCUGCUUGAGCCGUUCACCUUCCUGGCUAGCAAACUCUCCCAGUCCCAGAACAAAUCAACAUUUCCUUUGCCUGGAAGGAAGAGCAAAGGGAAUAACUGCGAUAACUGAGCCACCUUCACGUUGUCUGCAACGGCUAAGGACACAGCCUUGGCCCCUUCUCUGCCAUGCGCUUCUCAGUUUCACCUGAAGCAAUAAUCUCAUCCAGCAAUAAAAUCAGCAAGC